GUGACACCAGAGGGCGCAGUGAAAUAUGUUUGAAUUGAUAUAAACCUUAGCAGUACCAGUGGGAGGAUGGUCGUAAGGACGAGAAGGAAGAGUGGCAUCGGAGCGUGAAAGGUGAUCUUCCCAAAAGUUGAGCGAUUUUGGCUCCGACUCCCAACUGGGUGGGUCAGCCCCAGCCUGUGCGUUUUUUUGCUGCACGUUUUUAUGGAUGUGCUGGAGUGUGUGCAUUUUUAGGAGCCUGUCGUGAUGGAGAAGAGAGACAGGAAGCCGGGAUAUUUUGCCAGACUUAAAAAGCGACGGCAGCUCAAGAGCCAAUCAGACAAGAGUGUGAAUGAGCAGAACCCGGCCAUCAUCUUCUGUCCUGAUACCAUUCCAAAUGUGGGUGAACCCAACAAGAAGGCAGAUCUGCAGAGAGUGCAAACAAAACCGUCAGCAGGUUCCGACGAAGGCUCUAAAAUCAAAAAUCAAAUGAAGCGGGAGAAGAAGAGGCCACCGGGGACAGUAGAGGUCAUUGUGGGGGCCCACGACUCCCUCAACAGCAUCGCUCUCAAAUUCAACAUCACACCCAACAAACUGGUUCAGCUGAACAAGCUUUUUUCCCGCAGCGUCUACCCCGGACAGAAACUGUUUGUCCCUGAUCUGAGCCAAUCGGACACCGACUUGAAGUCUCCAAGUACCUCUGAGCCCACACCCCUAAAUGAGUCCUUGGAGAAACCAUCACAUGACGGCAUUUCAGACUGCAGGUCAGCAAAGUCCAUCCGCCGCGAAGUCUCCCCGAACUCUGAGGACGACAGCCCCUCAACGGUUAAAUUCAUCAAGAUGAGCUGCAAAUUCUUCACUGAUGGCAUGGGAGUGGUGGGGGGCGUCCUGAUCGUAACGCCCAACAACAUCAUGUUUGACCCACACAAGUCCGACCCCCUGGUGAUCGAGCACGGCUGCGAGGAGUACGGCCUCAUCUGCCCCAUGAAGGAGGUGGUUUCUGUGGCGCUCUACAACGACGUGUCCCGGAUGAAGCUGAAGGACGCUCUGCCAUCAGACCGACCCCAGGAUCUGUGUCCUGUGUACAGGCCCGGCGAGUGGGAGCAGCUGCCGUCAGAGCGCGACCUGAACCCCUUCAGCCGCUAUGAGGCUUUAGAGCCAAAGCGAACGAUCAUUUUGGAUGACUUUGAAUCAACUUUGUCUGAAACUGCAGGGAGCUCACUGGGGGAGUUGACAGAGCAGUCGCCGUCUGAUGAAGGUUUCACAGAGUUGGAGCCAACUGCCAAUGAAAACAAUGAGGAAGCAGAGGAGUCCACCUCCAGAAGGUCCGGCACUGUCAGCAAGGUCCAACAGAAACAUCCAGGAUGUCCAGACCAGGGAGAUUCCCAGGACAAGUCUGCAGUUUAUCAAACUAAAGGGAAGCUGGAUGAAGAGGAAGACGAAGGUGUGGCUCAGACCGGCUCCAUUGAUGGAGAGUCGAUACACUCCUCCUCAGAGACUGAGAAAGUGGGUGACAGAUCCACAGGCCAGGAGACCAUCAAAACCAAAGAGGUUUCUUCUAAAGGGAACCAGAAGCUGCUGCUUGCUGCUGUGGAUGAUGAAACAAUCAGCGCACCAGCGGACCAGAACUGGAAGUUGGGUCUGAGCAAAGAUGCUGCGGAGGCUCAGUGGAAUUUUAGUCCUAAUGGAACCAGCUCAGACAGACCAGCAGAGGGAGACGGGCUCAGUGAGGAGGAGAGAAGGAAGAAGAAUUAUGAAGCAGAGGUGAAGACAUGGCUCAUGGAGAGGAUGAAGGCCCCCAUAGAAGAUAUGCUUUUCUCAUCAGAAGAGAAGAGUAAAAACCCUCCAAUGUUCCUCUGCUUCAAAGUGGGUAAACCAAUGAGAAAAUCCUUCGCUACUGGAAUGACCUUCAGCCCCGCCCACUCAUUAGGAGGUCGUGGAAAGCAGCCAGAGUACUGGUUUGCUGUGCCCCAGGAGAGGGUGGACCAUCUAUAUGCAUUUUUUGUGCAGUGGUCUCCAGAUGUCUAUGGUAAGGAGGCUCGGGAGCAGGGCUUUGUCGUUGUGGAGAAGGAGGAGCUGGACAUGAUCGAUAACUUCUUCAGUGAUCCCGCAUCUUGUAGCUGGGAGAUCAUUACCAUAGAUGAGGCGAAGCGUCGGCAGAGUUUCAGCAGCCACGAUGAAGAAGUGUCGGUGGACACACUGCCCAUCCUCACUGACAACAGUGACCUGCUGCAGGACACACACAUCGAGAAGCUGGCCUGUCGACUGCCGGCACGAGUGCAGGGUUACCACUGGAGACUGGCCUACAGCACGGUGAAGCACGGCACCAGCCUGAAGACGCUGUACAGAAACCUAUCCACUGUGGACAGUCCAGUGCUGCUGGUCAUUAAGGACAUGGACAAACGGAUAUUUGGAGGCUUCUCCACUCAUCCCUUCAGAAUGAGCGAACACCACUACGGCACAGGAGAGACCUUCCUCUACUGCUUCUGUCCCGAAGUCAAGGUUUACAGGUGGACGGGGGAGAAUUCUUACUUUGUGAAAGGCAGCAUAGAUUCUCUGCAGAUGGGCGGAGGAGGGGGUCAGCUGGGCCUGUGGCUGGACGCUGAGUUGUAUCGAGGAGCCUCCUCCAGGUGUGCCACCUUCAACAACCAGCCUCUGUCCACGCAGCAGGACUUCAACAUCCACAGUCUGGAAGUGUGGACUUUUGAGUAGCAUCUCCUGCACGUGUUAAGUGUAGGUACUCUGUCAUUCACGCUGCGCUCCGCGACCUCAAACACUUCAGGCACCAUCAGUCCAUGACCCAGUGAUGCUGAAUGGUCUGCUGGAAAGCACUGCUGGAAUGUUGAAUCUUCUGUCACUUGUCGUCGUACAUUCGCUGCCUUAUACAUGUGAUGGUGGCUUUCCCCAGCUGUCCCAGCAUGCUCUCUGCUAACUGCCACACCGCACUGAGCUUGUGAGGACUGAGGGAAGGAGGAGAAGGUGGUUGCUGGAGAGGAAAAAUUGAUCAUGUUUUUGUUAACAUGGAAUUUGAAAGAAACUCAAAAAGGCAAACAAAGAAUUUUAACUCUUCCACUACAACAGGAAGUGACUUGAUUGUUUACAUUAUGAGUGUCUGACUUCUUCAGAAUGUUGUUUUGUUUUGAAGUUUUAAAUAGAGGCCAGUGAGACUUUUUUAAUUGCCAUUCCUCAUCACUACAUAAAAACUUUUUUUUUAUUCCCAAGUACAAUCCAAAACAAGUUACUAAGCCAGGAAACAUUUGCAGCGACCAAAUAUAUAAUUUCUUUAUUUCUAUAUUUGUUUGUUCCUAUUUUAUAAAAAUGUUUAUUUCAUUUUAUACAUUUAUUUUUUUAUAUAUACAUUCAGUCCUUAGGAUGUUUUUAUAGUGGUUUUAAUGGGAAAUGUCAUCCUUGUUUUGAUUUCCAAAUUGACUCAGUAAGCACUUAUUUCAUAAUUUUACAGCAUUUAAUUUAGAUUUGUUUUCAUUUCAAACAUUUUCAUGGCUGUGAUCUGCAGCCAGAAAAGAUGGAACACGAUGAUUCUCUUUGCACUACAUGAUUAAUGACCAGUCUGUUCUGUGUCGUGGGCUUUUGAAGUUAAGCAUAUAUAAAGGUUUUUACUGGAUGUUUUAUCACCACUACAGGGUGAGGGUCUUUGCUCCAAAAUGGAAAAAGGGAAAAUUCACAAUACUGCACUCUGAUAAGCCACUCAAAGGAAAUAUUUACAUCUACAGAGUUUGAAAAGUGACGCUCAUUUACAUCCUCUACGUCCUCUGUGUCUGUCACAGGCUCAUAAACAUGCAAUACUACCAAUGUCUGACAUUAUUGUGACCAUUGAUUGGCUGCCCCCUCCUGUCAUUCUGUUCACCAACGCCAAUGUUUGCUUCACGUGAAACUGAGCUCUGUUGUGUGUAGCUGUUCAGUGUUGUUACUGUGAAUGCUCCAGAAGUAUUAUUUCUUGUGAAUCUGAAAACUGCUGUGCACUGUAAUAUCACUAUGGGUCUAUUUAUUGUGUUGUUACUGCAACCACAUUUAAACUUAAAUAAAUAUUCACAAUUGA